CGGUCAGCUCGUGGUAGAAUCUUCUUGCCAGGGACUUGAAAAUUGUGGACGACUGCUGUGCUGGCAAAGAUUUGUGAGAGAAAUCUAUCAUAAAACAAGACAUUUCAAGAUGGCAGGAUUGCCACCAGACGUGGGGCAGCAACAGCAUCACCCCGAGCAUCACCAGGCCAUCGUUGUGCAACAACAGCCGCAAUUUGAAGUGACAGAACCAGUUGUUGUCCAACAACAACAGCAGGUUGUUCGUCGCUUCGACCCAGAAGCUCACGAAUUGCACAAAGAUUUUCGUUUGACGCGCUACACUGAGUUGAAAGGAUGAGGGGCCAAGGUCCCUCGGGAGGCUCUGCUCAACCUCCUGAAGGGACUCAAUCCGAAUGAAGGGGAACAGGAACAAGGAGAUAAAGCACAAUACAUGCAAGUGCAGUUCGGUAUCCCUAAUUUCGGAAUUGGUAUGGACUGCAGUGUGACCCCCCUCCGUCAUGAUGGUCUGUGCCUCGUACAAACAACAGAUUUCUUCUUUCCCCUUGUUGAUGACCCCUACAUGCAAGGUAAAAUUGCCUGUGCCAAUGUGUUGAGUGAUUUGUAUGCCAUGGGCGUGACAGAAUGUGACAACAUGCUGAUGUUGCUAGGAGUACCCAAGGCAUUCACUGAUCAGGAAAGAGAUGCCAUUAUGCCCCUCAUCAUGAGAGGUUUCAAGGACAAGGCCGCAGAAGCUGAAGCAACUGUGACUGGUGGACAGACAGUAAUCAACAAAUGGUGUUUAGUUGGUGGUGUGGCUACAAGUGUGUGUCAACCAAUGGAAAUUGUGAGCCCCAACAAUGCAGUAGUUGGUGAUGUCCUGGUGCUGACAAAGCCGUUAGGUACCCAGAUAGCUGUCAAUGCCCAUCAGUGGUUAGAUGAACCUGAGAAAUGGAAGAAAAUUCAGUCAGUAGUAACACCAGAGGAGGUAGAGAGGGCGUACCAAGAGGCCAUGUACAACAUGGCACUACUCAACAGAACUGCUGCGAACCUGAUGAAGAAAUACAAUACCCAUGGAUCAACCGAUGUGACUGGUUUUGGUAUCCUGGGCCAUGCCAAAAACUUGGUAGAGCAACAGAAGAAUGAGGUACGCUUUGUCAUCCACAACCUUCCGGUCAUCGCCAAUAUGCAGAAUGUUGCCAAAACUUGCGGAAACCAGUUCAAGCUGCUUCAGGGCUACUCUGCUGAAACAUCUGGUGGAUUGCUGAUCGCUUUCCCCCGUGAGCAGGCUGCUUCAUUUUGCCGUGAAAUGGAAAAGACCACUGGACAUCAAGCUUGGAUUAUUGGCAUCGUAGACAGGGGUCAACGCACUGCACAGAUCAUCGAGAAGCCUCGCGUUAUCGCCGUUACUACCAAGUUGAGCUAAAACAAUCCAGAGGACUUGUUGACACAGAAGAAUCUGCAGGAUGACAUGCCGCAUUCUUUUGUGCUUUGAACACUGAUAACAAACAUCAAUGAACAGUGAGUUGCUGCUUUGCAGGUGCUUUCUUUCAUCUCAGGAUCUUCUGAGGCUUCACAGGCAGAUUCCACAGGGGGAAUAAACACAACUCUUGGACGGUCUUGUGCCAUAUAAUAAGGAAAGAUACAAAACAUUUCAAAUCAAUGGACACCCAUUUACUAAAAGAACUACAGUUAAGCUCAAGUUUGCAUCCCUAUGUUCAUACAAGGCAUUAUCAUUACAUAUGAUUAGGCAUGCUUAUAAAAGGUAUGUGUAAAAUUAUCCGUGAUAACUUGAAUUUGGAAAGCCAAACAGGAUUCUUGUCACUUAUAAGUUUCUUUGGAUAAAGUUGACAUGCAGUUGUAGAAUGACGCUAUUUUAGAAUUACAGCGACGACAAAAAAUGUACAGUUUCCCAUUAUUUAUUAGUUCAAGUCAUAGGAAAUAUAGCCAGAUUGCUGGUAAUCAUUUGAGAAUAAUAAGGGUAUCCUUUAUGGCUCUCCAAGUUCAGGUAAUGUUAUGUGUAAAGUUAAGUAGUAAAGAGCUGAAUACAGAUUUAAAGCUUCCACAAAGUCAAUGCAUCCUACCCAGUAAUUGUUGAUUGAUGUCUGUUUAUUUUUCAACCAAUUUCGGGAACUGAUAAGAAUGAUCAAAUUUCCUACAAGAUGAAUUUUUAAAAUUCUGAAAUAUUCUCAUGAGGUUAGUCAAUGAAUUGAGGAAGAACAUUUUUAGAAUUUCCUAUAAAUCAUCUUUUAUUAUGUAUAAAAUCCCAAACGCCUUUAUUACACAUCAACUGCAAGUUAUGUCCUAAUGAAUUUCAUUUAAAUGAAAAAUAUUGGCUUGUCACUCCUAUAUCCACAGUUCGCAUUGAAACUUCUACUUCAAUAUAAUUGUUUAUAAGAUUAAUGUAGUUAGAACUGAUGGAUCUUCAGAAGAUCCUGAUUGAUCAAGACCUUUGAAAGUAUUGUGUUCCAGUCAAAGCCUAGCAAACCCAAGUUAUUUUUUCUGAGAUAAUGAAAUCAUGGUUUGAAUGAAAAAAAAAAGCAGCAAUGAAACCAUGAAAUUUGAUUAUUGAUAUUCAUUGUAGUAUAUCGUGCAUAUUAAGCCAAAUCACUCAUCUACUCAAUUGUACAUAAAUUCAUCGCAUGUAGUGAGUUUUUUAUUGCCAUUUGAUGUCUGAGUAUUGGGGGUCAACAUAACAUCUUCGUCAUUUGGCAGAACAUUCCUAUGGACAAUGAUAUAAUGGUUUCUUAAUUUUACAGUUCUUGUUUUGUAUGAUCUUGAUGCUGUUAUAAAGCAGCUGUGGAACUUGUUUGAGUUGAAUGCAUAGUGUUGUAUUCAAUGCAUAGGAUGCAUCAAAGAUGUUGGUGUCUUAAAAUUCUUAAUUAUUUUUUUUUAAUGGAGUGGAUAGCACCCCCUUAAGCUGGCCUGCAUGCCAAUUGGUCCGCGUAUUGAGCAAACAGUGGAGUACAAUUGCAUGCAUGCUCUUGAUUUUAAAGCUUUUGGGUCUCCAUCGCAGUUCACCUUUGCUUGGCCAAGCUCUACAUGAAGCUGCAUCCGUAAACCAACCGGGAUGGAUUUCCCGGCAGGGGUGAUGUGGUGGAUCUUUCUCGAGCUUGUGCCAAGCCUGGUGCUGUGAUGUAGAUGAGGUCCCUAUCUGUCCCUCUCGUCAUUUUUGACUUGCGACUUUCCUUUCAUCAUUUCUAUAAAUGUAUCUUGUUUUUUUCAAGAAAUCAUUGCAAAAAUGUCCAGUGUACACUAUUCAUGGCAUUACAGUUCAAUAAAGACUUCAUGUAUUGCUGUCAAAAA